AUGUGUGCUGUCAGAAGUUUUCUGAGCUUUUUAUUGUUAGCUAUAGUUUUUUGUCAAUCCCAAGCGAGAGAAGAUAUUAAUGAUCUUAAUAUAAACAAUGAUACAAGAGUAUUAUCUCGAAGAAAAAGAUUUAUUAUCUUUCCAGAAGGCAGCUCCUUCCAGUUGGUCUUUUGUACAACAUAUCCAUCGGUAUCAGUCAUUGGUGAUAUAAUUUUAUGGGGAAAUACUGCUGCUUUAGCGUUCGAGCUCCCACAAGAUCCAUAUUCCCCGUUUAAUCAUAGAGCAGACCCUCUUCACAGGAGGAUGGAUACGAAAACUAUAUACUAUACAGACUUUGAUGGCAAUAUCGUUCAUAAAGAACCUUACAAGAGGAAAUUCAUAGUAAAUCCAGCGUUUGCGAAGCGUAGCGUGGACGAAAUGGUAUCCCCAGAAUUUAAAAUAGAUAGGAAACAGAUGCACGCUUCGAAACACACACGGGAGUUUUUGAAAGGCGGGCAUUCAGUUGACUUUCAUAGGAGUAGCCGAGCGGGACUCUACCAACAGAUAGAGGCACUAUUACAAGGAUUUGGGGCUGAUGGUAGGAGCUGUUUACUGAAAACUCUCUGCUUAAUCGGACAGUCACAAAAUGAUCCACAAGGUGCUUUUCUCCAAGAAAUAUUACGAGCGGUUUUCACAUUACCUAAAACUGAUAAGCUGGAUAAUGUAAAUGAAGACUAUGAUGCAGCGUUCACCGCAACUACACCAUGUAGCGAACUAUACCCCGAGUGUGUAGAUAGCGACUUAAAAGGACAACUUAUG